AUGUCCGUCCUGACGCCGCUGCUGCUGCGGGGCUUGACAGGCUCGGCCCGGCGGCUCCCAGUGCCGCGCGCCAAGAUCCAUUCGUUGCCGCCGGAGGAGAAGCUUGGGAUCAUGGAAUUGGCCGUUGGGCUUACCUCCUGCUUCGUGACCUUCCUCCUGCCAGCGGGCUGGAUCCUGUCACACCUGGAGACGUACAGGAGGCCAGAGUGA